AUGGACGAAGCCUACGCCUCCCCCUCCAGCGACGGCCACGCCACCCUCCCCUCCCCCACCGACAGCACCUUCGACCUCUCCCUGCUCCCACCACCACGUAAACGCCGCACCCGCACCACCGACCCGCACCCCCCCACAUCAUCAUUCAUCAACCACGCCCCCACCUCGCACGACUCCGAGUCCUCGGACAGCGACGGCGACGGCGACGACGAGACGUUCCUGCGCGGCGCCUGGGACGGGUACCAGCGCAUGCUGCCGUCGUCGCCGGAGGAGCUGCAGAGCCAGAGCCAGAGCCACAACCGCAACGGGGGGGGGCAGGGGGGGAGGCUGCUGUUGGGCUUGAAGGAGAAAGAGGCGUUUAGCGCGCGCGCGGGCAACGGGCGGAGGGCGUCGCCGCCGCCGAGACUGACGCUGGGCGAGAGGGGGAUUGGGGCGCGGAAGUCGCAAGAAGCCGUGGGUGGGGAUGCGGCGGCGGGGGAGGUGUCGCAGGGUGCGGGUGUGGAUGGGAGUGUUCGGCCUCCUGCCGCUUCUACUACUGCUGCUACUACUACUACAACUCCUAUUACUGCUAUCACAACUACUGCUACGAAUGCUACGAAUACUACGAAAGAGGGCACAAGCACAGCCAUAAUCCCCGCCGGAACCUCCCACGGGGCAGAAUCGCAGCCCCCGCCACCGCCACCGCCACCGGCGAACGCAAGCAGACGCAGCCUGGUGUCGCAGGGCCCGGGAAUCGAGCCGCAGUAUCCGAUCGCCGGGGAUUUCUAUGGGCGGCGGAAGGGGCCCGGGAAUCAGUAUGCUGCAUCUGCAUCUGCAUCUUCAGGCGACGAUGAUGCUCCCAAGACAAGUCAGGAAGCUGCCACGAAUGGGGGGAAUAAGGCGCCUGGUGGGGCGAGAUCUGGUACGCCGGGGGACGCUGCAGCUUCGGAGCAGAGGCCGCAGUCUGCUAAGGAGGAUGGUAAUGGUAAUGGUAAUGGGCGGAAUAAAGCUCCUGAGCAGAGGCCGCAGUCUACCAUAAGUGAUACAAACGCGCGGAAUAAAACUGAAUCUCGUACUGCCGGGGAUAGACCAAGCACACCCCCGGCCGACGCCACAGGCGGAAGCGGACGUAAAACCCACGACCUCCCGUCCACCACGCCCGCCGGCGAACCCCCGCGCGCCCCCACAGCCCCUCCCGCUGCCAUCCCCAUCCCCAUCCCCAUCCCCGCCGCCAUCCCACAACUCACCACACGCCCCCUCGACCCGCACACCCCCGCCAACAAACCCACCCGCAAGCACCCCUUCCCCGCCCGCCGCCGCAGCGCAUCCCCGCAAAAGCGCCACCCCAACCCCAACCCCAACCCCAACCCCGAGCCAGAGCACCCACACUCGCAGCCCGCCUCGCCCGCCAGCUUCCUUGGCAAGACGCCGCGCUACCUCAACUGGCUCAACUCGUCCAUGGACGAGGGGCACGGGGACUCGCCGCCGGGGCUGCCGCCGGGGCAUCGCGAGCGGCUAAGGGAGGCGCUGGCGCAGCGGGUGGUGGAUGAGAGUGGGUUCGUGGGGGGGGAUGAGGAUAGCGGCGAUGACGAGGUGGUGGGGCAGCGGAGCUUCUUUGAUGAUGAUGGGGAGGAGAUGGACGAGAGUAGGCUCACGGUCAUGUCGGAGGAGCGGCUCCCGAUGGGCGACGGUGUGGAGAGAUACGACGGUGCGGGCGACGAGCGGCCGCGGGGGAAGGGGAAGGGGAAGGGGAAGGGGAAGGGGAGGGGAAGGGGAGGGGAAGGGGAAGGGGGGAAGGAGAAGGAGAAGGAGAAGGAGAAGGAGAAGGAGGUGCAGAACACGGUUUAUCACUCGCUCGUGGAGGCGUCGACGGCUGGCGAGACGGACAGCGAGCUGCCGCAGCAACAGCAACAACAACAACAACAACAACAACCGCAACCGCACCCGGCAACAGAGCAGCCGAGGGGGAAGAUGUCGCCCCCGCUGCCGUUCGAUCCCACAAUGCCGCAGUUCUUCUCGGACCCGCCGGGCGAGCUGCCGUCCGCUGGGUCGCCGGGUAAGGGCAAGCCGAAGCCGCCUCCACUCACCACUACCGCUGCAACCACCACCACCAACACCACCACCACAACUACAACUAUCUACAACAACAACAAGAACAAGAACACUACCACCACCACCACCACCAACAACAACAACAACAACCACAGCAGCGUGCCAGCCCGCCCAUCAAUCGCCGAGAUCCACAAAGUGCCCCAACCCCGCUCCACCACCCUCAUCGGCAAAAAGUCGUUCAACGACCUCCUUCUCACCUCACCCACGCCCACGUCCCCCACCUCCCCCACCUCCCCGUCAUCACCGUCACACACGGCCCACCCCGCGCACAACGCAUCGUCCAGUCUGGACCCCGAGACCGACAACCCGCCGGACUUCUCCAGCCUCGGCAGCGGCUUCUCGUUCGCCAGCAUCCCGGCGCGCUACAAGAACCAGGAGUUCACGCCGCUCGGGGCGAAGGUCAUGGGCUCCUCUGUGGGGUCCGAGGAGACGGUGGGGAAGGACAGAGAGAGAGAGGGGAAGGAGGACAGGAAGAGGAGUAAGAGUGAUCCCGUGGAGAUCAAGGCGUGGAUGGCGAGUAAGGGGCUGGUGGUGCCGAUGAGGGUGGGCGAGACGAAGGAGGAGAAGGACCGCAGGAGUUUCUCGGAGGAGGAGGGGGGGGAGGACGAGGGCGAGAGCGAGAGUGAAGGCACCCGUGGAAACCGCCAUUGGUCCGCCCUCCAAGACUUCCACCACAGCAGCACCACCCCUUCCAAAGCCGCCGCCGCACAAGACGACGCCGCCUCCCCCAGAGCCCACACGCCGGCCUCCAUCAACGAGUCCAAAGACCUCCUCAGCGAGCUCGAGGGCUCCAGCAAGACGCUCUGGGUGCGCAUGGCCCAGGCCGAGGCCGAAAACAACCACUUCCGCAAGCUGCUCGAGAGCAACAACAUCAAGAUCGACGACUCGUUCCACGACCUCAGCUCCAGCAACCUGGACGUGCGGCCCCCCGCUGCAGACGACUCCUUCGACGCCUCGACGUCCGAGGACGUCGGCUCGCUGCGGCGCCGCGUCAUGGAGCUGGAGGCCCUGCUCGAGAUCGUGGCCCGCAAGGAGAUGGAGCUGCGCGCCGAGAACGAAAGGAAGGAUAAUCUCGUCAUGCACUGGCGCAACCAGUACAACGACGUGCAGAAGCUCGCGCUGCAGAACCGCCAGCGGGCCUUGGGGCUCGAGAGCCAUGUCAAGACGCUGGAGCAGAAGGCCGCGGCCGAGAUCGCAAACCACGGCCGCGAGAUUAAUAAGGUUGUGAGCAAGCUCACGGAGCGCGGCGACGUCAUCAAGAAUACGCGCCAGAAGAGCCUGGGGCUUGAAGACCGUCUUGCGGCCACGGAGGGGCAGCUCCGCGACGCGCGGGAGGCGCUGGACGAGAAGGAGCGCACCAUCGAGCAGCUGCAGCAAUCACUCGAGCGCCGCCGCGCCUUCAGCGGCGAAGGCAGCGCCGAGAACCUCCAAGAAAAGCUCAUCGAGCAACAAGCAGCCCACAACGCCUCCACCGCCAAAUUCACCAACCUCCUCGACGAGAAAGACGGUCUGGUGCGGCACCUGCAGGCCGAGCUCGACGAGAUGGUGAACCUGAUGCCCGUCGACCACGGCAGCUCGCGCAUGAUCGACGAGGAGGAGGUCGAAGACUGGCUCGACGAGAAGUCGCGCGAGAUCUCGCAGUACUACGACGACGGCCUCGACCAGAUCAUCACGGAGCUGCACGGCGCCGGCGAGCGCGAGGACUUUGAGGACGCCGUCGAGGAGGCCGAGAUGAGCCUGCGCAAGGUUGCGCAGCAGGCCGGCCUCGACGAGCCCCUGGAUAAGGCCACGCUCGCGGCGUUCGGCAUCCGGCAGCUGCGCACGGAGCACGCGCUCGUGAAGCGCCUGCUGGCCGAGAGCGAGGGCAGGGCGUCGGCGCUGACCGAGACGCUGCAUCGCCGCGGCGACGCCGCAGAGAAGUUACGUGUGGCCGAGGAGCAGCGCGCCGCGCUCCAGACCGCCGUGGAGGAGGCCGAGGCCGCCGGGAAGGUCCUCGCGGACCAGCUGCGCGGGGAGCUCGCAAAGACAGAGACGCAUGUGCGCGCGCUCGGGGCAGAGGUUGAGGCGCUAGAGGGGAGGGUGGCGGACAGCGACGAGCGGGCGCGCGCGCUCGAGGAGGAGAAGGAGGCGCUGCGCGUGCUCGUCAACGACACGAAGCGCCUCAACGACAUGCUCAAGAGCCAAGCCGGCCAGGCCGAGUCGCGGCUGCACGCCGCCGACGAGGAGAUCGGCGGCCUGCGCCGCCAGCUGGCCGAGGAGAAGAGUCAUGUCGGACUCGUCGAGACGGAGACGAUCACGCUGCGGCAGCAGAUUGCAAGAUGGGAGGAGACGGCGGGCAGGGUUGGGGCCGAGAAGGAGCGCGGGCUGGCGCAGCUGAAGGAGGCGGGGGAGCGGCAGCGGGGACUAGAGCGCGAGAGGGAGGCGCUACGACGACAACUCGACGACGCAGCAAGAUCCCAUGUUGCCUCGCGCGAGGCGGAGAAUCUCAAGCGCGUAGUGAAGGAGCUGCAGGAGCGCCUCAAGGCACUGAAUGAGUCGCACGCAGCCUGCAGCAUCACGAUCGUCGAGCUGGAGGGGCGCGUCAGACUGGCCGAGCAGACUAGCCAGCGCCUCGCCGCGGAGAAGGAGUUCGUGAAGGCGGAGCUCGAGGUGGCCGUGGGCGAGACGAAGGCGGCGAGGGGGCGGUUCGCGCAGUUGCUGCAUGACACGGCGGAGAAGGAGGCGAGGCGCGUGCCGUUUGCCAGUAGCAGUGGUGGUGGCGGCGGGGACGACAGCGGGGCCUGCCGGCGCGCGCUGCAUGUGAUUGUUACGGAGCUCGAGCGGUGCGCGCUGCCGGCGCAUAUUGAUGUUGGCGGGGGCGGCGGGGAGGAGGUUGUUGUUGCGGAGGGCGUGCAGGACCCGGAGCUGGUGAGGGUCAUUGUUGGUGCGCUCAGGCUGCGCGCGAGGGUGAUUGCGGAGCUGGAUGAGCGGGGGAGGCGCUAUAAGGGCGCGGCGAAGAAGCAUUUGAGGGAUGCGGAGAGGAGGAGGGGACGGGUGGAGGAGCUGGGGGCGGAGGUGAGGGAGUUGGGGGUGAGGCUGAAGGCGGAGAGGAGGGGGUAUGAUGAGAAGAUGGGGCAGAUGAUUUUGGCGCUGCGGAAGGGGGAGUAG